AUGGCUACGAAGCUUAUUUUGGUAUUGUUUCUUGCACUUGUUUUUGGCACUGAUGCUAGGAAGGUAGCAAUGGGCAAAAAGGAUGCAUUUCAUGAGGGUAAGACAUUCAACUUUGAUUACUUUCCUGGUUAUGACUUUGGUUCUGGAUUUGGUAGAGGUGCUGGUGCUGGUUUGGGUGGGGGAGCUGGACUGGGAGGGCUUGGUGGUGGAGGAGGGGGAGGAGGAGGUGAUGACAAUGGUGGAGGGUUUGGCUUUGGAGGUGGAGCUGGAGGUGGAUUUGGGUCUGGAAUUGGAGGGUUUGGUGGCGGCGGUGGAAGAGGUGAUCCUUUUGGUGGUGGGAUUGGUGGUGGGUACGGUGGAGGAGCUGGAGGAGGGUUUGGAGGUGCACUGCCUUGA